GUGGCUCUCGCUUUAUUUACUCCUUAAGAAUCGUUCGCUUCAGCUGACCUCCCCCUCCUCUUCUUCCGUCUCGUCCCUCCGCGCUCCAGCUCCACGCCAAUUAAACCCUACUCUCUCUCUCUCUCUCUCUCUCUCUCUCUCUCUCUCUGCGUUAGUUCCGUUUCCGCCUCCCUCUCCUCGCCCACAAGUCCAAAACGAACGAGCCGAGUAACGCACGGACGCGGACGUGGAACGUGUGCGGUGUGCAGCGGCGGCCAGCGAGCAGCAGCUGGGAUGGAAGAGGCAGCUGAUUACGGCUACUACGGCGGCGCGGGCCGCGAGAGGAAGGCGCCGGGGUGCGGGGACCACUUCGUCGUGGACGACCUCCUCGUGCUGCCGUACGACGACGAGGAGGAAGGGGACGGGGAGGCCGUGGCCGGUGAAGGCGAGGCGCCGUCCCUGCAGGCCGUCGACGCCGCCGGCGGCAACAAGGAGGAGGGCGGCCUCGGGAACUUGUCGGCCGACUCGUCGACCGUCACGGCCCUGGACAGCUGCAGCAACUCAUUCUCCGGGCUAGCCGAUGGCGACUUCCCCAGGGAGCUGUGCGAGCCGUACGACCAAUUGGCGGAGCUGGAAUGGCUGUCCAACUACAUGGGCGAGGGCGACGACGCCUUCGCCACCGAGGACCUUCAGAAGUUGCAGCUCAUCAACGGUAUCUGCGCCGGCGGCUUCUCCUCGGGGGCGAACGUGCCGCGGGCACCCGCGGCCCCUACGUCUGCGGCCUCUGUCGCCUCCGUGGCGCAGCCUGGUAUGUUCCUCCCGGAGGCGUCGGUCCCAGCCAAGGCCCGUAGCAAGCGCUCCCGCGCUGCACCGGGCAACUGGUCGUCACGCCUGCUCGUGCUCCCACCGCCCCCGUCCUCGCCGCCGUCCCCGGCGUCAAUGGCCAUCUCACCGGCCGAGUCCGGCAUCUCGGCCCAAGCGUUCCCUGCCAAGAAGCCGUCGAAGCCGUCCAAGAAGAAGGACGCGCCACCGGCACCGCAGGCACAGCCCUCGAGCGCGUCCGCGCAGUCGGGCGGCUCGGCCUCGGUGGCGUCUGCUGAAGGGCGGCGGUGCCUGCACUGCGAGACGGACAAGACGCCGCAGUGGAGGACCGGACCCAUGGGGCCCAAGACGCUGUGCAACGCGUGCGGGGUACGGUACAAGUCGGGCCGGCUGGUGCCGGAGUACAGGCCCGCGGCGAGCCCCACCUUCGUGAUGUCCAAGCACUCCAACUCCCACCGCAAGGUGCUGGAGUUGCGCCGCCAGAAGGAGGUGCCGCACCAGCAGCACGUUAUCGCAGGCGGGCUAAUGCACAUGCAGAGCCCGCUGCUGAUCGAUGGGCCAGCGGCGCCGCCCAUCGUCCCCAGCGACGACUUCUUGAUCCACCACCACUUAUCGACGGACUAUCGGCAGCUCAUCUAGAUGAGUCUUGCGCUAGAAUUGAUCAAUUAGCCCAGUAAUAAUUAAUGCAUGCAGCUAAAUCCUAAGAACCAAAAAAUAUAAAAGAACUACUAAUCUUUUCUUAGGGCUUCCUUUUUCUAGUUUUCCUCCUCCCUUUGCUUAUUAAUUCGUGCUCUUUUGUUCAGUCCUUGGAAAUUUUCGCGUCAUUUUGUUACGAUUUUCCCCAGCUUUAAGUUCGCGCCUAACCCGCUUAGAACUCUAUUCCACGGAGUUUCUCUAGCUUUUUCUUUCUUUCUUUCUUUCUUUCUUAGAACUUUGUAAUUCAAGGCUACCAGUAUUUUCUCUUCCAGGCCCCAUUCUGCGACCAGAACAUGAAAGCAAAACUUAAAAUUCUGGUUUAUUUCCUUCUUUGAAGACUCCCAUUCAUGUGAUCUUCGUUCUAUCAGUCUCUCUGUCACGCCCGCCCUCGAGACAGGGCGAGCCUCCUCAGCGAUGCACGCAUGCAGCAAUGCAGGUGAACCCAAGAAGAUGUCACAGAUGUUGUG